AUGGAAACAAAUCUCCCACUUACUCGAGUAAAAAAGAUUGCAAAAAUUUCUUUAACAGAAGCCAACCCUUCAACAACUUCAAAAAAUUUAAUAACUUCCGAAGCUGUUAAUUUAUUGACAAUUGCAACAGAAAAAUAUAUUCAACUUUUGAGUAAAUCAGCUUGGAAUUGGACUUUGGCAAGUUCUCGAAGAACUUUACAAGUUGUGGAUAUUGAGCAAUGUAUUAAAAGAGAUUGGCUUUUUGCUAUUUUAAAUGAGGGAUUGAAUAAUUGGCCUGAUAAUGACAAGGUGGACGAGGAAGCGGAGAAAGAUGAUUAAAAAUGUUUAUUUUUUGUAAAUUAAUUU